AUGUCCUCUCCUGCAGCUCCUGAUAAGGAGACCUUGAAGCUCCUCCUCCCACUCCACUAUGAUGGGAAGUCAGUGGUUGAGUGCAACCGCUUCAUAUCGCAGUUGCUGAUCUACUGGACAAUCAACACGGCCCUCUCCACCAUCGAGUUGAAAGUCCAGGUUGCCCUCAGUCUCCUCGAUGGCGAUGCUCGAGCCUGGGCCACCCCAAUCUUUGCCCAACUGGUGGCUGUCCAAGUUCAGAUCCAGGGAGCAACGACACCCUUUGCAAACGAAAUGGCCUUCCUCACCGCAUUCAAAUCCCGUUUUGGUAAUCUCGAUGACGCCGCUGUAGCACAAGUAGAGCUCACCAAGCUCUGCGCUGACAAGUCCCUGCGUGAAAAAUGCACCGCCGCGGAAUUCUCCGCACUAUUCAAGGGUCCGGCAGACCGAUCCGGGUAUGGUGACCUGGAACUCCGCGACAAGUACCUUAGCGGUAUCCCCUCCCGCGUCUACCACAAAAUCGAGCUCGAAGUAUUUGCCAUGUGGCAAGACACCGACAAGCACACCAACGAGGUCGAGGAUGCGGAGGGGCACGUGGUGGUGCACCCCGAUCACAAGGAGCUUCGGCCAGCAUCAAUGCGGCCGUCAGAAAAGGCAACUUCCCAGGCAGUUGCUAUGGCUGCGGGAAGCAAGGGUACUGACGUUUCGAGUGCCCCAAUUGGACAAGAGGUCAAAACUGAGGUCCCUAGGGCAGCAGAGGCCGGCUUAUAUACAUGGGGAGAUAAGGGCAGGCUGUGCACAUUGGUCUGUGCGCAGCUGGUCCGUGCGCAGCAUGCCGAUGCGGCCCCAGGGGCCGAUAACGACACGUCCAUAUCGGGCAUAUAG